AUGGCUGGCCGAUACUACAAAGUCCAAACUCUCAAUGUCGUGGUGGAGGUGAAGCUGAGUGCAGCAGAGGAGCAGGAGAAAUGGCUGGCGGAUGCACUCAACGUGGUCAAGCAGCAGGCCUUCUACAUGCGCCGAGCUCUCGACUCGGGCAACCUACGAGAGGCCCUCAAGUACUCAGCGCAAAUGCUUUCUGAGCUCCGCACCUCCAAGCUCGCACCACAGAAAUACUACGAGCUCUACAUAGUGGUGUGUGGCGAGCUGCAGAACCUGGAGGCCUUCUUCUGGGACGAGCACAAGAUGCGCGGCCGCAGCUGUGUGGACCUCUAUGAGCUCGUGCAGCACGCCGGCAACAUCGUGCCAAGGCUGUAUCUCCUGUGCACGGUAGGGGCAGUGUACAUUCGCAGCAAGGAGGGGCCGGCUAAGGAGGUACUCAGCGACCUGAGCGAGGUGUGCAAGGGCGUGCAGCACCCCAUCCGCGGGCUGUUCCUGAGGGCGCAUCUCACCCAGUGCAGCCGAGAUAAAUUGCCCGAUACUGGGUCGGAGUAUGAAGGCGAGGGUGGCACAGUGGUGGAUGCAGUGGAGUUUCUGCUGCAGAACUUCACGGAGAUGAACAAGCUGUGGGUGCGCAUGCAGCACCAGGGGCCUGCCACCGAGAGGGAGAAGCGCGAGCAGGAGCGGCGAGAGCUCAGAGACUUGGUGGGCAAGAAUCUGCAUCUGCUGAGUCAGCUGGAGGGGGUGAAUCUGGACAUGUACAAGACUGUAGUGCUGCCGCGCAUCCUAGAGCAGAUCGUGAACUGCAGGGACGAGAUAGCCCAGCAAUAUUUGAUGGACUGCCUCAUCCAGGUUUUCCCAGACGACUUCCAUCUCAACACCCUCGAGACGCUCCUGGGGGCGUGCCCUGAGCUACAGCCGAGUGUUGACGUGCGGACCAUCAUGUCUCAGUUGAUGGACCGCCUUUCGACCUUCAUGGAUAAGAACCCUGAUGCCUUGCCGCAUUUCCUGGAGGUGGAUGCUUUUGCCAAGUUCAACUCCGCUGUCAGCAAGGUGAUGGAGGCGCAGGCGGAGAUGCCUCUAAAGAGCGUCGUCAGCCUGCAUCUGGCUCUCCUGCAGUUUGUGCUGCGCGUGCAUCCCGACCGCCUCGACUACAUCGACCAAGUGCUGGCGGCUUGUGUGGGGAUAUUGGAUGCGAGGAGGCAGACCAAGGACAGCCCGACAACAAAGCAGCUGGUGGCGCUACUCUCAGCAGCGCUGGACAAGUUUGGGCCGGGCGGCGUGCUGACGGUGCUGCAGCUACCACACUACGCACGGGUCAUGGGGCACCUGGACCAUGAGACGAAUAAGGCAAUGGCGGUGGUGAUCAUUCAGAACAUGGUGAAGCAUGAGACCACGAUUGGAGACCCAGAGAAGGUGGAGUGCUUACUCAGCCUCGUGCGCCAUCUCACUCAAGACAUGGACGGCGUUCCUCCAGUCGACGAGCUUGACAUGGACGACUUUUCUGAGGAGCAGAAUCUCGUGGCGCGUCUCGUGCACCUGCUCGUCAAUCCCGACCCGAGAAUACAGUUCCAGAUCCUAGCCAUCAUCCGAACGCAUCUCUUCAAGGGAGGCCAAUCCAGACUACGCUUCACCAUCCCCUCACUUGUCUUCUGCUCGCUACAGUUGGUGCACCAGCUGCUAUCUCAGGGCAUCACAGGGGCGGAUCAGGCACUGGCAACAGCGGGGGCAGCGGCGAGUCAAGCAGCAAUGGCGGCUGCUGCAGCAGGGGAGGGGCCUGUCACUCCUCUCACGCUCUUCCUCUUCCUGCACAAGGUGGUGGAGACCCUGUCAGAGUUCGUGCCUCCAUUGGCCCUCAAGCUCGCCCUCGAGUGCGCGCAGGUGGCCAGUGCGUGUGGUCUGGAGCCCAUCGCAUAUGACCUCUUCACCCUCGCCUUUGUCAUUUAUGAGGAGGAGAUAUCGGAUUCCAAGGCACAGGUCACCGCUCUGCACCUGAUCAUUGGAACGCUGCAGCGCUGCCACGUGUUUGCAGAGGAGAACAGAGACACGCUCACACACAAGGCCACUGGAUACUCGGCCAAGCUACUAAAGAAAGCGGAUCAGUGUCGUGCUGUGUGCACCUGUGCACACCUCUUCUGGAGCGAUGAGGAGAACGGCCCUAGAGAUGGCGAAAGGGUGGUGCUGUGUCUCAAGAGAGCGCUCAAGAUUGCCAAUGCGGCGGCUCAGCAGCUCUCUUCUGCUGCUAGAGUGCUCUCAAGAUUCACUGCAUUCACUCCCAUCUAUCAUUCUCAUCCGCGCAUCCCAAUCUUACUUAUAUCUUACCCGCUGCUCCCCAUGCACCAGGGUGGUGCUGUGUCUCAAGAGAGCGCUCAAGAUUGCCAACGCAGCAGCUCAGCAGCUCUCAGCCGCUGCCAGAGUGCCCGGUUCGCACGUGGUGCUGCUGGUGGAGAUUCUCAACAAGGCAACCCCCAUGUGACCCCCGUGGUGCUGCAAGGCCUCAUCGAGCUCAUCACCUCCGAGCUCGCUGUCGAUGGCGCCACCGUCGAUGCCACCGUGCACAGCUUUUACCGGGCGACGCUUGCGCAUAUUAAGGACCAGAAGCACAAGGCGGGUGCGAUAGGGGAGAAGUAUGCUGAAAUCCAGAUUUGA